AUGGAACAAUACCUGCGUAAAAGUUUGAAGUCCACUCUUGCUUCUUGGUAUCAGAAUACUCAGCAGAGCCAGCCCAAUCAUAAUCUAGCCUAUACACCCCCCACCCGAGGCAAGGACCGACAAUGCAGUGAUAUUCACUCUCAUCUGUCCUCUCCACUCCGUGGUCCCGGAUACAACGUCAACAAGAUAUUUGCGAGUUCCCAACUGAGAAAACCCCAUUGCCGCAGGACCACAGUUGGCAUGCCGCUGUACACACGGGUACCAGAUGGUCUCAGACAACGAGCCGCAUGGGCAUCUGUUUGUUGCAGGGUGACAGACUCGACCGCACCUGCAGCUGAACGUAGAGACUAUCACAGAGGCCUACUCGCGCGUAUGGCAUUCUGGCCCAGCUCUAUCAUUACUUGCCGCCGUCAUCCAAGAUCAAGUGACGGCAGUGGCGGAUGUCCUUCCAAGCAUUCGACACUUGCAGAGCUUCAAUUUACGAGGCAUGGGUGUAUAAGGACUAGUGGCGGUGGAGUCAACAACGAACCUCAGUCUUGUCCCUCCUCCUGCGCCGCUGAGCAAGUUCAACUGCAACUGUCAUCUUCAAACCCUCCUUCAGGCCUACCGCACACUAGCAUGGCUUCCUUUCAUAGGGAUUCGCCUUCCGAGUCGUCGCUGGCAUCGCCGACUGACUCCAAAUACAGAAUUUCCAGAUCUUCUCGCCCUUCUCUGCGUAGUUCGAGCACUUUGAGUCAGGCUAAGCACCAGAACUAUCACAUUCCACGCCCUGCGGAGUUCCUCUUCCCUGUAGACUACCAAGUCCCCCAGCCUCAGCCUCGAAUUGUCGGCUCGCGUGUUCAUAUCCUCCGUCCCAUCAACACCUUCCUACUUUUCCGCUCGUUCCUGUCUCACAACAAACUGCGCCGCUUCGAUCAGCGGAAUGAGCAGCGGGCUACGAGCAUUACUGCCGGUUACACCUGGUCGAGCCUGCCCAAUUACGUGCGGCAGCAAUGGACUCUGAAGGCGAAGGAGGCGGCCGAUCUGCAUCAGAUGCUUUUCCCCAACUACAGGCUCCAGCUCUCAUCCCGUAUAUCUGCGGGGAACUCGGCUGCAGAGCUGGCUACUGUAGAUCAGACAAUGAACACUCUAGGCAUUACAGAUGUCUCCCCCAACGAUAGCUCGGACAGUCUGACUAUUCCUGACCUCACCCAGCCGCAUCACGCCGGCAAUAUUUCCAUGGAGUCGACCACAUCACUGUGGACGUUGACGCCUUCCCUCCCUACAUUGUUGGAUUCUGCAUCCUUCCUCUCCGUGCCGCCAGUGGUAGGACUGCAGUAUGAGCUGUUCUUUCAUCAGCUUAUUACUCAGCUGGAGUCUGACAACAUACAGCUGAAACAACGCCUCACUCAAAUCCAGGACUCCUCUACUGCAGGACAAACCUCAGCCUCGCACGCGCCCCAACAGCUGCUCACUGCUGGUGUUGAGAUAGCAAACAACAGGAUGUUUAGUGACGCAACUCUCGACAGCAGCCUCUCUCUAGCAGGCUGCGGACCUAAUCAGUUUGAUGAUCUCCUCGGAGUGCAUGGGUUCCAUUGGCCAGGCUCUGCGUCCACUACCCAGGUCAAUUCUUCGUCCAGAGUCGAUCAUACCCUUGGCAUACCUGAGAACCAAGACAGUGAACUGCUGCUCGAGUUGCUUGGCGAAGAUCUGCACACCUUCAACGACUCAGCAGGGUCACCUUUCAGUACUUGGUCAGAGGGCGUUGAGUCCCCUGUCAUUUACUCUGACAGGGUAGAAGGUUUUUGA